UAACAACUGGAUCAGCUAGCAGUGUCAGGACAGAUCUUACACUGGUUAGCAGCAUUUUAAACAAAGGUUUUAUCUGUUUAACACUUCGGAUUACUGCAGUAGAUUUUUAUGGUAUAAAUAUGGAAUUGUACCAGUAAUAUUCUUAACAAAAUAAUACGCAGCUAAUUUCUUAUUUUUAACCAUAUCUAAAUUCUGAUAUGAAUCUGUUUCGAUGGAACAGCAAACACAAACCACACAACGUCUUAGCACGUCCAUUGAAGCUGAAUUGUGACGUCACCGCGCCCGUUUCCCCCCACAAUGCACUUCGCGGCAAAACAACGCACGCGCACGACACGCUCUGUAGAGCGUCUUCCAAAGAUGGCGGGCGUCCCCGAUCCGCUGGAGGAUAUGCUGUAUUCAGAAGUGGACGAAAAAGCCGUCAGCGACUUGGUGGGUUCGUUGGAGUCGGAGCUCGGCGGUCAGAAUAAAUCCCAGAGCGAGGCGCGAAGGUCAGGAGCACCCGAGAGCGGAAACAACAACUUAGGAAAAGCCCAAGGUGCUCAAGCGGGAACCGCAUUGGAGGCGCGAGCGUCAGGACUACACAGAGUGGAGGUAAAGCGCGAGAACGGCUCCGAGAGGACACCGAGCACCGACCCGGUCCCCGCUCCUGGCGCCCUGAGCGCCGGCGGGAUGAUGGCGACCAACCGAGUGCAGCCAAACAUCACAUUAGUACCAAAGCCCGCUGUGCCGGGACUCGCAACUUCUCCGAACUGUUCAAGUGACGCAGCAGUUGUAGCAUCAUCAUCAUCAUCAGCCUCACCAUCACCAUCUUCAUCAGCCACCGAUACUCUCCCGAACACCAAUCACAUAACCCCAGCCAUCCGCGGCGUCUCGUCCAGAGUCCUGGCUGGUGAGAACGGCAGCAGUGCCGGUGCAGCUCUCAGCUCAGCUCCUGCAGCCGGGUCUCAGAGCGGGCUGAACGGUGCUGUCACUGGCACAGACAACAGCAACACAUCCACUACUAAAGGAACUAACGGUACUUUUCUUGUUCAGCCUAAUCAUGUCCUCUCCCAGCCUGUGGGUGGACCCGGUCCUCAGACAGUCCCUGCUGUUACCCUGCACCGACCUUCCAACAUCGCCCCCAAUCCCAGUGACCCUAAACUCACAGCGCCCGUCAGCGUCGCCCCGGUCCCCGGCUCGGCCCUAGCCUCGGCCCUGACCUUUUCCAAUGCCGGCUUGAUCAAGACCAACCCCCAAACCCAGAUUAAAACCAUUGUCCCGAAUCAGCUUGCCGGUUCUCCUGUAGCGGUGCGGCCUCCUAUACCCGGCACGCCCGCGCUCUCGGGUGCAGUCAGUACCCCUCUAAGUGUGGCGAGCACCCCGUCUGUGCUGGUGAAGCCGGAAGUGGGUCUCGCAGGACAGCCUGCGGGUAUGCUGAGACCCGGGACGCCGUCUGGAGCGCCGACCACUGUGGCCGUGCGACCCGGGGUUCCUGCGGCACCUGCUCCCAGGGCGGUGGUACCCCAGCUCACGGUCAGACCUCAACAACAGACCACCAUUCAGUUACCACCUGGAUUCACUAUACCACCGGGAAUGGUGCUCGUCCGGACCGAAGCUGGCCAGUUAGUGCUGGUUCCUCAGCAGGUUCUAGCCCAGGCGAAGGCUCAGAAUCAGACGAAAGCUGCUCUGUCUCCUACGCCUGCGACAACCACCACGGGAGCCACCAUCCGAGUCACCGCUCCUGUGCAACAAUCGCCAGUGACGUCCCAAGCCAUCCGACCAAUCCCUCCUGCACAGGCUAAAGUGGUCCAGGCAGCCAGUCCCGCGAGCCCGGCUCUACAGAAGACCCCACUGGUGACGGCGAGCACUACUCAGAAGCCCAGCGGCCCCACUGUGAUCACAGCCGGAGCUCGUGUUCAAACUCCGAAUCAGACUCUCCUCAAACCCUCACCCACUGUCACGGCACCCGCUGCACCCGCCACGGGAAUCACCGGCCUCUCUCAGGAAAUGCAAGAAAAUGUGAAAAAGUGCAAGAAUUUUCUAGCAACAUUAAUCAAACUGGCAUCCCAUAAUUCCCCCUCUCCGGAAACUUCAAAGAACGUGAAGGCGCUCGUGCAGGACCUGCUGGAUGCCAAAAUUGAGCCUGAGGAAUUUACAAAUCGUCUGCAGACAGAGCUGAAGUCGUCUCCUCAGCCCUACCUCAUCCCCUUUCUAAAGAAAAGCCUGCCUGCUCUGAGGAUGACGCUGUUGAGCUCGCAACAGUCUCUGACCCAGCUCGCUCAAACCUCCCCCAGCCCUCUGACUGUGAGCACCAUUAAGGCUCCGCCCCCACGUUCCCUCGCCACCACGGUGCCUGCUGUCCGCCCCGCCGUCACACAGGACCAAGCCGCCCUGGUGGCUGUGAAGAGGCCAGGAGUGCAGACGGGUCCAGUCAGGAUGCCCGUGGUGAUCACCCAGUCGGUCCGGCCUCAAGGCGCUGUGGUGAGAGGGCCAGCGGUGCAGGUGAGGGGUCCAAUGGGCGUCGCCAUGCAGGCUUCAGCCAAUCAGAAACAGAAGCUGAAUGACCCAGGAGGUGGAACUUUCAGGGACGAUGAUGACAUCAACGACGUGGCGUCCAUGGCGGGCGUGAACCUGAAUGAAGAGAACGCUCGGAUCUUGGCCACGGGCUCUGAGCUGGUAGGCACUCAGAUCCGCUCCUGCAAAGACGAGGCGUUCCUGCCGGCUAGUCUUCUCCAUAAACGCAUCCUGGAGAUCGCACGUGGGUUUGGUGUAAACGAGGUAAUGGCAGAUGUGGUGAGUUUGGUGUCCCACGCCACCGAGGCCAGGCUCCGUUCCACGCUGGAAAACGUCUCUGCUCUCGCGCGACAUCGAACAGAACCAAGCAAGGAUGAAGAGCACCACGAGCAGACAUCAGAUGUGAGGACGCAGCUGAAGUUCUUCGAGCAGCUGGAGAGGUUGGAGAAACAGCGCAAAGACGACGAGGAGAGGGAGAUCCUGCUGAAAGUGGCUAAAAGUCGCUCCAGGCAAGAGGACCCUGAGCAGGCUCGACUAAAGCAGAAAGCUAAAGAGAUGCAGCAGCAGGAACUGGCACAGAUGAGACAACGUGACGCUAACCUCACUGCGCUCGCCGCUAUAGGGCCUCGCAAAAAACGCAAACUGGACUCUCCUGGAGCUUCUGGAGCAGAGGCUACAGGAAGCUCCUCGGGCUCGGCUAGCGGCUCCUCGUCCUCGACUCGGCAGGUGAGACAGCGGAUCACGCGGGUCAACCUCAGGGACUUGAUCUUCUGCCUGGAGCAGGAGCGCUCCACGGCCCGCUCACUGCUGCUCUACAAGGCUCUGCUCAAGUAGAACCCAGUCCAGACUGGAACUGCUUCUCCGUUUCCCCUCUUCCCGUGCGCAAGGACACGGACACUGAUCCAUCUCUGCGCUCGAACCCAGGCCCCACCACCACCAUUUGAUUUGCAAGGUCUUUUUCUUCCCAUGCCUCAUCAGUCUUUCUUUGUGCCUUCAGGCAAAGCUGGGACAUAAUCAGUACGAUCCUGUCUUUGCUUUAAGAGGAACGCAUGAGGUCUUCAUGCUCCAAACACACCUAGAUAUUCAGGAAGUGAACGAAAGCCAUGAAGAAAGAGAAAGUCGUGGGUUAAAAAGCAGCAUUUAUUUCCUGGUACCAUUUCAUGCCGUCUGGGCGUUUGGUACAGGAUCCAGCAUAUAGGAGGGAAAACUCAUUUUAACUUCUUUUUUUUUUUUGAUGAAAUAUUUGAAUCUGUUUUUGAUUUUUAUUUUCAAGGAUAACUUUCCAUUGGUGGUAUCAAGCGUGACGGGGAAACUCGAAGCUCAGUUUUUAACUUAAAUGCCUCAUUUGCAAUAUGGACACUGGAAGUGUGAAUGUAUAGUUUUUGGGGAUUUUUUGUUUGUUUGUUUCAGUUUUUUUUUUUUUUUUAACAGUCUAACAAAUUCUUAAAUAUUUUAAUAACUUAUGACUUUUAUACCUCCAGUACAUACAUGGUUUGUUUAGAUCUGGAUUUUGUUUCAGUAAAAUUAUGCAAAUGAAGGAUCUGUGCUGUCCUUCUUCGUGUCACAAGCCGUUUUGUAAUUCAGAGACAGUAUUUUCUCACGCUCCUGUGUGUGUGUAUGUGUGUGUGUGUGCGCGUGUGUGUUGUGGGAAGAACGGGGAGGUGAUACUUAAAUGUGCUGUGAAGAAUUAUGGUGUAGGAAGUGGCAUGAUGCCAUCUGUACUGAGAAGGCUGCCAUAUAUUCAUCCAAAAAGAUGACGCAUGAAAAGAUUUUUCCCCCCUUCAUGUUUCCUUCGUCUAAUAAAAAAAAACUGUAGAUCCCAGCAUAGCAGACGAUUAUGAUUUAAUGUCCUUUAAUCAGCUUUGCACUGGAUUUUUUUUAUUCCUCUUAUUGAUCAGAUCCGAGUAAUAAUGCCAUGUAGAUAAAUCCAACAUUUCACUGACUGCUUCCGAUUUCUUUCGGAACAAUUCGAGUGCGGUUUUUAGACCCCCUGAGCAGGACAUGUAGUCGACAUGAAGUUUUUUGUUUUGGGUUUUUUUUUUUGUUUUUUUUUUGUUUUUUGUUUUUUUUUAUUAGCCUGGUCUUUGCCUUCAUGAACAGUAAGCGGUUAUGCAGACGUUUGGUUUGGGUUGGACGUGGCCUCAGAUCGCGCCGUACUGAAAGCGAUGGAGUUCGAGACGAGGCCGAGUGUUUCUGGUGUGAGGGUCAGGGCUUUUGAUUAUUUGUAUGUUGUAUUGUCUACAAAGACCAUAUAUCUAUUGUAAACUUUAUAUUUUUUUGGUAAAUUUAACAAUUUUUAAAAUGUUUGGCUGGUUUGAGAAAAAAAGGAAGUGUUCAUCUCUAUAAAAUUUGUACUAUUUUGUAAAAGAAUAAA